AUGCCACUCAAAUCAAAAUGGGGAAACUUCAAAAAAGCAAUAUCACCAAAGAAUGCAAGCUAUAACUUCAAACCGAAGGAAUCAAAGAGCAGAAAAUCGGAUCAUGAGAGCGUAACCAAGAUGGAUUUAGGAAAAGCAAGUGUUCGGAGAAAUGGAAUAAAUACACUACACUCAGCUGUCCACAGAAAGCAUGGCCUAUCAUGGACAGAUGGGAGAUGUAUCUAUUUGGCUCCAGUCAAGAUAAUCAGUGGUGUGCUACAGAAUGAGGACUCUAUAAAACUUGGAGAAUUUGAUAAGAUCCGGAGCUUACACUGGAGCGCUGACCUUGAGGGAGAUUACUGUUUCCUGUGUGUUGUACAUUCUGAGACUGUCUCUAUAUGGAGGGUAGGGGGUUUAACACCUCAGCUUAAGUUCAAACAAGUCAGAAAAAUAAAUGCUUCACCAAUACUACAAGGAUGUCUGUGGAACCCAGACAGAGAUAUCCUAUGUAUUCUCAACUCCACCCAGUGCAGUUUCUAUUUCAACCACUUGAACAAUAAAGGAAGUUUUGCCCUCCCUGUGGUACAAAGUGGUAAGAUAACAUGCGGAACAUGGAGUGAUGAUGGACAGACCCUCGUCAUAGGAGUAGGAACUGAUUUAAUGAUUUACAAAUGGACUGAUAUUGACAAAUCAAUCAGUGAUAAUGCAAUGGUGCUGUGGAAGAUACCUGGUGUGGAUGGACAGAUUAGUACCAUGGUGCCCAUAUCUGGUGGAGGUCUCCUCUGUACAGUGGAGUUGCCUUUAGAAACACUGUGCAGACAACAGCAGGACAUAUUUCAAAUACCAGAUAUAUCCUCAUCCGAGGUUGAUAGUGGCUAUGGAGAAAAUACAGACUCUCAUGAUAUCAUCAAAUCCCAGCAGCAUCAGACUACAAACAUCUUCCAGCUUCAAAGUCCUCCCCAGAGUGUGACAGACUCUUCACAGAUGGUCCUUGUUGCCUUAGAGGGGACUAACAAACCUGGGACCCAUGACCCUGUCAAGUUAUCCAGUGUCACCCUUAAAGGGAUUAUCACACCUAAUUUGUUACUUUAUGAUGUAGAGAAAAAGGCAAUAUUUGUUGGCAGUAAUAUGCAGAGUUCAAUACAAAUGUUCUCUCUUGCCUACAACAACUUCAAUAAAGUCACUGAAAUUCCUUUAGAGAAAGAUGAGCGAGUGAAAGGUCUGUGUAGUAUACCUAAAUCUCGGGCUGUAUCUUCAAAGAUAGGAACUCUGGUCAUGACAGGAAAAAUGAUGAAUAGAGAUCACACUUUCUUACCUUCUUCUGUGGAGAGUGAAUGUAACCUACAUUUGAAAUAUGUCUCCAUUUCUCAAGAUCUGUACAAUGAUUCUCUAGAUCCCCCAGUCUACAGACAAACCACAUCUCCCCCCAAAUCAGACACUUCACUGCAUGAUCUAAAGCUACCAAAUGGUGGAACUGUAACAAAUGGAGCUACACAAUCUAAAAUUGAAACUCUGGAUUCUGAUGAAUAUACAAAUGGAAAACAUGAACUGAACAAUAGUGUGAGAGCUACUUCUAAAGUAGGCCAAAGAAUAAAUGAGAAAUAUAAUCAAAAAUUUAAUGAUACUGACACGUCAUUGGAUAUUGACACAUCAUUGAAGCAUGACACAUCAUUAGAUCUUGGAGCAUCCAUCGCUUCUUCCCUAUCAAGCAGUGAAUCAUACUCAAGCCCUCGUGGAGACUCAAGUCAAAAUCUAAAAAUCACGGACUUAGAUGGGGGAAGUGAAAGCAGUCAGAGCUUAGAAGUUGAAAAAACUGAUUUUAGUGAACAAUCUGCAUACUUUAAAACAAAACUUGCCUCGAACAAUGUCAAAAAAUCAAACUCAAUUAAGCGAAUUCAUAAAUCAGAUUCGUUUACAAGAUCUGGUGGCCGUUAUGGCAAUCGGCCAUACUCUCCAAGAGAUAGGAGAUCACCAUAUAUGGACUGGCGCUAUACACCAGAAGGGAGCUUUGCGGGUUCUACACAAUCUUUAGGCACCAGUUCGGAGCUCAGUCAAGGGAAAUAUGGCAUGGUGGAUAGGUGCAGUUUGGCGUCAGAACCUGGCAUAGGGACAGUGGGAGAAGGUGCAGGGGAGGGACAAGAAGAGCCAACUGUAGAACAACUAGAGAAGCAAAUACACAUACAGAAUUUGCAUCUUACCCAACUUCAUGCCAGGAUUGAUGAAAUUACGUCCCUACUAGAGGAUACCACCUGUGUCCCUGUUACACGAUAUCUCCCAGCGACACAACCUGACGUUGUGAAACUCAUGCUUAAACAAGGGAGUGAGGUCACUCAAGUGAAGAGCUUUGUGCUAGAUAAUGGCCGACUCCAAUUGGAUUUAGUGAAGCAAGCAUUUAAUUUGGAAACUGUAGAGUUAGUAUUAGAUGGUCUUACUUGUAUGGUUGGUUCUAACGUCGAUGGCUACAUUCCAGUGAAGUUCACACCAAACUCCACCAUGUUCGUCACAGGAGUGCUUGAUCCACAUAGACUGGAGAAAAAUAGCAGUUCAUGUUAAUUUAACAUGUUCACAUGGGACAAUCCUGCAAACAACAUGUGAUAGUGAACCAUUCAGAAUAUUGAAAAAUCAGGGAUUUGACCCUGACAAACUUGCUUUAUUUUCACCCGCUAGAGUGAAAUUUAUCAAAAUUAGGUGUCUAAAUCCUAAGGUGAACGAACCUCUGAAGUAUAAGGUAUUUAAGGGCUUCCAUGACUUCAUAUUGUUGUACGGUAUAAGAUUUU